GUCACGAAUCCUACUCCUACCCAAAUGACACCCAUGGUCAAACUCAUUUCUUUACUUCUUUUAAUUUCCUUGAUGAGCAAAGAUGUAUAUGGCCAAGAGAUCGAAGAUUGCAAGAUCACAAUCCUCCAGAGAGAGGACGUUACUCCAGCUCCCUCGGGAUAUUGGCGUGUGUGGAUUGGAAACCCAUGCUAUUCAUGUAGCAUAGGGCAAGUAAAAUUAAGUUGUAAAGGGUUUAACUUGAACGUAAAGACUGACCCAAACAUCAUCUAUAAAGAAGGUGAUUUCUGCAUCAUAAACAAUAACCAGACACUAACGCAUAGAUCGACGGUUCAAUUCACCUAUGCAGCAGAUACUCCUUAUCGUUUUGAAGUGGUUCAUCAAUCUAAAGUAUGUGAUUAAUCCAAAUAACGGUGUUUAUUGAGAUAGAUGAUCAAAAUCAUGUGAACUGGGAAAUGAGUUUUCUUUGAUUUUAACAUGUAUUUACUCAUGACUAUGAUAGAAUCGAAUGAAGUCUUUUUCUUCUCGGUGAA